UACAAUUUAUUUUUUCCUGAAAAUUUAAUAUUUUGUUCUUCACUAUAAAGCACAGUAGAGAAAUAGAUUUUGUUCCAUUGUCUGUCCGAGCUACCGUAAGAAAAGGUAGAUAUUGUCAAACCGAAAGUAAAUUAAGGCUACCCUGAACACAGAUGUGACUCAACCUGUAAGAACUUAGAAUGAGUUCCUCGCAUUCACAGAACAAAAUUUCGGAGAACUGCACCUGGUUCUGUUCUAUAGAUAUUGGGACAUCAUAUUCUGGAUAUGCAUUUGCUCCACGGGAAAAUUUGACGAAAAAAUCGUGUGAAAUAUAUUCAGGUGUGUGGGAAAACGAUGUCUUAUCCCACAAGACACCCACCUCUGUUUUGUUAGACCAAACCAAGCAUUUCAUUGCCUUUGGACAUGAGGCUGACAGUGAAUAUGAAAACCUUGCCCAGGAAAAAAACCACGAGAAGUGUUUUUAUUUCAGAGAUUUCAAAAUGGAGCUCUAUAAUUCUGCGGUGUCAAGAGACCUCACGAUUGAGGACAUUCAUGGAAAGUCGUGUAAAGCUCAGCAAAUCUUUGUGGAAUCAAUCAGAUUUCUUAGAGAUCAUUUCCUGGAAGUCUUGAGGAUGCGUUAUUGCCACACAUUUGAGGGUGAUAUCUGUUACACAGUAACAGUGCCUGCGAUAUGGAGCGAUGCUGCAAAACAGUUCAUGAAAGAAGCGGCCAUUGAGGCAGGAAUUUGUGAGAGUCGUCUUAUGUUGGCUUAUGAACCGGAAGCCGCAGCACUCUUUUGUAAGCAAAUCACAAGAGACCGUAUGGCGACAAAUUGUGAACCGAUGCAUUUCGUUCCAGAUCAACCUUAUAUUGUGGUAGAUUUAGGGGGUGGAACUUUAGACAUUACGGUGCAAAAGAUUUCAUCGACGGGCAUUGUACACAAUUUGUACAAAGCCUCAGGAGGUCCAUGGGGCGGAAAUCAGAUUAACAAAGUCUUCAUUGAACUCUUAGUCAAACUUGUUGGAGAAUCUGCAUUUCGGGAUUUCUGCAGGGACAGUAUGGUUGACUUUUUCAAUUUAACUCAAAAAAUAGAGAUCGCUAAAAGAAAGAUUUCCAUGAUCGGAGAUCGUUCAGUUGUUAUUGAAACUCCGCCGUCACUAGUACGUACAGGUGAAGAACCUGAAUGCCUUAUAAAAUCGAUACGGAAAGCCAAAUUGCAAGAUAUGGUGACUGCAAAUUUGGGCAAACUUUUUGUUAAGAAUGCUUAUUUCUUGAAAUAUUUUCAAAAGAUAUGUGGAGAGACUGUAGAUUUAGUGACAUCAAUCAUUCAAAACGACAAAAUACAAGCAAGAUCUAUUUUAUUGGUUGGGGGGUUUUCCGAGUCGAAAGUUGUUCAGAGUAUAUUUAAAGACAGUUUUCCGAGGAAUAACAUACUAAUUCCAAUGGGGGCUGGUAUGGCAGUUUUGAAGGGAGCAGCAAUAUAUGGAUUUGACAGCAGCAUAAUCGACACUCGAAUGUGUCCAUAUACAUACGGAAUAAAACUGGAAAAGAAGUUUAAUCCUAAAACUGAUAACCCAUCCAAAACUUUUAUGAAGGGUAACCAACUGUACUCGGAAGAUUGUUUUGACAAGUUUUUCGAAAUUGACGAACCACUGGCUGUUGGCACAAAGCGUUCCAUCCAAGUGCAUUUGAAUCAUGAUGAUGACAAUCUAUCUUGUGAUUUAACAGACUACAAGGAAAUAGAAGUGUUUUCGUCUUUGGAGAAAUCCCCCUUGUACACCACAGACCUGACAUGUCGUCUGCAUGGGAUGAUCCGGGUCUAUCCGCCUAAAGGAAGGUGGCCAGAAAAGGUGAAAGGGCGAGUAGAGAUUGAAGUAAUCGGAGUUGAUAAUUUCCGCAUCACUUAUAUUGACGAUACGGGGUGUACUACUUCCGGAACCAUAGAUUUCCUGUCCUCUUGAUUCGUCUAUAGACACGGUGCGUGGAGGGAUUUGUGGUUCAAAAUUUGUUAGAAUGAUGUGGAUUUUUGUCUAAUUUUUAAAAACAUUGAAUUGAUAUUCACUGUACAUAAAUUCAGUAUGAUAUGUCAUUCUUGCGAACAAAAAUUUACAUUGUGCCAAAUGAUAUUUGUAAUGAAAUAUGAAAAGUAUCUGUGUAA